UCGUUCUCUUUGGCUGGCUUAACCUCUGAAUAAUAAAGUCGAUAUUGUCAUUUCUUUCUUUCUUGUUUCACAUGAUCGUUGAGUUAUGGCAGAUGGUGACCAUCCUUCCUAUCAAAACGUUAUUGUCAUAAUUAUUGCCAUUGGUUCAGCUGCAUUAGUUGUUGUCUCAAUGUAUCGUGUCAUGAGCAUUUGGUUUUCUCGCCACCAAAGCACCACCGCAGAUCAAACUCAAAGUCAAAGCCCUCCACAACCACCACAGUUUUCCGCAACUUUGAGCCUCGGCGAAAGUGCAUCCUCAUCAAUAGUACACCUAAUUCCAACACACAAGUAUCAUAAACGAAAUAAAGUUGAUGUGGUUUCGGACGGUGAUGAAGGCGGCGGCACCGCGUGUGCCGUGUGUUUGGGAGAUUUUGAAGAGGGAGAGGAAUUGAAGACUAUGCCUGAGUGUUUGCACUCUUUUCAUGUACUGUGUAUUGACAUGUGGCUUCAUUCGCAUUCGAGUUGUCCCGUUUGCCGCGCCAUUGCCGCCCCUUCGCCUGCAGUGAAUGAAGACCUUCACAGAAUAGAUAUGAGUCAUACAGUUCCACUUGCUAUCAUGCAGAGUGGAUUGGUGAGAUUUUGAGGAAUCACACAUGAAAAGUACAUACACAACUAUUUAGCACUAUCAAAACAUAACAUGCAUGGUUAUUGCAAUAUAUAUACUCCUAGAGUGCUAAUUUUUUCAUGUAUAUACUAGUAUUUAGCAAUCAUAGUAUCCUUUUUAAGUUAUUUUUAACGAAUAAUUUUAUGCAAUUUUUCAAAUUGUUAUAUUAACCUCAUCCAUUUAAUUUCAUAUGUUUUUUACCAGUCACAUAAAAAAAGAAAGAUAAGAUAUUUUCCGUUACAAAGUUGCAAGAAACAAGUCUUGGAGUUGUAAAAGACACAAGCUUGUGUGAGCUCAAUCUCCUAGUUUUUUUUUUUGGAAAGCCAAAGAAAAUAUAUCAUUAAGACACCACAGCAUAAGUAAUGCUGAGAGGAGGAAAUAGAAUCAGAGUUACACCAGUACAGAAGUUAAAACAACAAAUCACCCCUCAAAAAUCAGCACAGCAUCCCCACACUAAAACACGCUAAAUCAGCUCCAAAAAACCCCACACCAACAUUCAGAAAGUAAAACGGCAAAUAUGUAAUAAGCAAAAUACAAUUAACUGCAAAACAUAAAUGUGGUACAUGAAUAUCAGAAACUAUUGAAAUUUUGAGCGCGAAUACUU